UCCAAGCUCUUCCGGUUCCGGACUUCCGGCUCCGGGUCCCGGGAGGCGGGGCCGCUGGGCCAGAGGCGGAGCCGCCCCCCUGCCGCGACUUUCAGACUCGGACCAUGGCCUCGUGCUGGUGGCCGUGGCGGUGGCGGCGCGGCUGCUCUUGGAGGCCGGCGGCGCGGAGCCCCGGGCCCAACUCCGCCGGCCGCGCGGCACUCUAUGCGCCGCGGGCUGCCGCCGUCGCCGCCGCUGCCACUGUCGCCGUCGCCCGCGCGCAGAUGUCCUAUUGUAAUCUUAUGAAGAGUUUAACAUCUGCCUUUCGAAAUAUGUAUGGUGUAUCACGGUUCCAUCACACGACGCCAGUAGCUUGCUGCUUCAGUGAAACACUGAGCGGUGAGAAGUACACCGACCCUUUUAAGAUUGGCUGGAGAGACUUGAAAGGUCUCUAUGAAGACAUCAGGAAGGAGCUCUUCAUAUCUACAGCAGAACUCAGGGAAAUGUCUGAAUACCACUUUGAUGGAAAAGGAAAAGCCUUUCGACCAAUUAUUGUGGUGCUAAUGGCCCGAGCCUGUAACAUUCAUCACAAUAACUCCCGGAAUAAAUGGGAGACUACGAUACAGAAAAGGCAUUGCUGGCUUAAAAAAAACGUGCAAGCAAGCCAGCGUGCCAUCGCCUUAAUUGCAGAAAUGAUCCAUACUGCCAGUCUGGUCCAUGACGACAUCAUUGAUGAUGCAAGUUCUCGGAGAGGAAAACACACCGUUAAUAAGAUCUGGGGUGAAAAGAAGGCUGUCCUUGCUGGCGACUUAAUUCUUUCUGCAGCAUCAAUAGCUCUGGCACGAAUUGGAAAUACAACUGUUAUAUCUAUUUUAACCCAAGUGAUUGAAGAUUUGGUGCGUGGUGAAUUUCUUCAGCUCGGGUCAAAAGAAAAUGAAAAUGAAAGAUUUGCACACUACCUUGAGAAGACUUUCAAGAAGACUGCAAGUCUGAUCGCCAACAGUUGUAAAGCAGUCUCUGUCCUGGGAUGCCCUGACCCAGCGGUGCAUGAGAUUGCCUAUCAGUACGGGAAGAACGUGGGCAUCGCUUUUCAGCUGAUAGACGACGUCCUGGACUUCACCUCCUGUUCUGAGCAGAUGGGCAAACCGACCUCAGCCGACCUGAAGCUUGGGUUAGCCACUGGCCCCGUCUUAUUUGCUUGUCAGCAGUUCCCAGAAAUGAAUGCUAUGAUAAUGAGACGGUUCGGUUCACCAGGAGACGUUGACAGAGCGCUACAGUACGUAUUACAGAGUGACGGUGUGCAGCAGACAACCUACCUCGCCCAGCGGUACUGCCACAGAGCGGUGAGCGAGAUCGGUAAACUUCGACCAUCCCCAGAAAGAGACGCCCUCAUACAGCUUUCAGAGAUGGUGCUCACAAGAGACAAAUGACACCUCUUUCUGGUAUUUCUGGCAGCUAUUUUACCAGAUUGUGCCUCAAAAAUUCUGUGGAAUACACUUUGCUUCAUGUGCAGAUAACCAAAAAAAUCAUUUAAAAAGAUCAUUUCCUUAUUAAUGGGACUUUUUUUUUAUUGGCAAAGUUUUUCAGAAAACUUUCUAAAUGUAUUUAAACCAUCUGAAUCUGUCAUUCUAGUCCUGUAAACUCUAAUCGAGGUAUCUUGAUGGUUAUAUGUGGUAUUGUUUACACAGUUAUAGUAGCCACAUGUAAAGCCAUUACACAAAUAAAUAAUCAAUGUUAAAAUUCA